AUGGAUGGUCGCGUUGACCAUCAAGACUUUGGUCAAAUUAUCAGAAACUCUCUUUUCCAAGCGCACACAGAGGAGAACCCAAAUAACUUCACUGUACGAAGCGGUGUCGAGCAGGAGUUGUGUGGAAUUUUGGGUGGUGCCGAAGGACAUUGGCUACGAGAGCAACUUGCUGUUCAAAAGAAACUAAUGUUCGGAGAGCGUGGAAUUGAGAUUCCGAGCCGGCAAGCCCAGGCACGCUCCACAGAAGAAACACUUACAGAAGACGGAAUUGUGGAGGUUCCGCAUGCAGUGGUGGAUGACAUUGAUGAGGAGGAGCUCGACGAGGACAUUUUGCGAGUAAAGGUCGAAACCGACCGUGCAUUCUUCAAUCAUAUGCUGUUGGCAAGGCCGGCAGCUGUUCCAAUGAAUCCAGCACAAGCUAUGGAUAGAGAUGACCUUCCACUCCAAAACGGAACAUUUGUUAACAAAAACAUUAGCGAUCGUCGGGAACUGCUCUUCGGAGAUAAACUUCACAAGUUUUUGAAAAGUCAAGGUAAAAAGAGUAUCGUGGAGCUUAUGAAAGAAGCUGUCGAGGAAAGUGGAACAGAUGGAGCCCUAUUUGAUGUCUGGAAUGAUGUCACUUCAGUUUUGAAUAGAAAAACUGUUGCUGGUCGAGAUGAUGUCACCACAACUGCAAAUUUGCUGGAAGAUGCGUGUAAAUAUCUUCAAAAAGUAUUCACUGAACACAUGCAAACAGUGGUUGAGAGAAAUUUGGAAGUUGCUGAAAGAGGAGGAGUCCCAGGAACGAGAGGAUUGGUUAACGCUUUUUUAAAGGUAGGAACCGAAAAAUCGUUCCAACCAGAAGACGAUAGUAUCGAUGGUCUCCCGACAUGGCAAGUGACUUAUCAUUGUGUUCGUUCCGGCGAUAUGCAAGCUGCUGCUGAAACUCUCAAUCGUCUGAAAUCAUUCCCACAGUGCGCAACACUCGUUGCCUCACUGAAUCACGUGGCAAAACAUAAGAAAUUGGAUGCUGAAUUGAAGAAGAAGUUGAAAGUCGAGUGGAGACAUAAUGUUGGACACACGAAGGAUAAAUACAAGAGAGCUCUGUAUGCUGCAUUACUGGGAGGUCUCGAUUCGGCAGCACUUGCGGAUACAUUGGAGAAUUGGAUUUGGUUCAAACUGCAUCCACUUCAUGUUGAUCCCCAUUUGACACCAUUGUUGUUCCAGGAGGUUCAGAAGGCGGUGUCGAUUGACUACGGAGAGCAGUAUUUCAUGUCAAAUGGUCCAUCUGAGUACCAGUAUUUCUUCACGGCUCUCUGGCUCUCUGGACAGUUUGAAAGAGCGAUUUAUUUGCUUCACGAAUGCGGACAACGGGUGGACAGUGUACAUGUAGCGAUUUUGGCUCACAAACUCGGGUAUCUGAGAAUGUCGAAAAAGUCGACAGAUGAGAUGUUAGUCGUCGAUCAAAACGAUGCGACCAAAUGUCACCUGAAUCUUGCCCGUCUCAUUGUCGCUUACACGAAAAGUUUUGAACUGAUUGACGUGCCACGAUCCCUGGAUUAUUGGUUCCUUUUGAGAGGAAUCACCACUCCAACGGGAUCAGAUGUGUUCGAGAUGGCUGUUAGUCGAGCAGUUUAUUUGACAGGACAGUCUGAUGCGAUUCUCGGAAAACUGACACCCGAUGGAAGACGAGAGAAGGGAUUAAUUGAUGAAUACUUGGACGAUCCAUCAGAUGUUAUUUGUCGUGUUGCAAACGAUACGGAAUUGACAGGUGAAUGGGAUCAAGCUGUUGGUCUUUAUCUCCUUGCCUCCAAAUCUACGAAUGCUGCCAAAUUACUUGCAUCGGAAAUCAGCGAGACUCUUCGUGCAGAUAACAAGGACAAAAUUGUUGAUUUGGUUCAUGUGGCCGAACAAUUCAAACGAGUUCAAAAAGGAUGUCAAGCAUCUGAAUACGCCACUUUGUCACAUCUCAUCGAUAUUGGAUAUCUGUUUGAGCAUUGCCGAAAUGAGGAAGCCGAGACUGCUUACGGAAUCUCGUCAAAACUGCGUCUUAUCCCAACUGAACCGGAUCAAGUAACUGUCAUCGUCAACGAAUUCCAUAUGGUUCCACAAAAAGUUCGUGAAGUUCUGCCAGACCUGUGCCUCCAUCUCAUGAAGUGUCUUGUCGAUCACUGCAUUCGCCAGUCCACAACUCAAUCGAAUCGUGGUGGUGCCAACCCCCAUACUUCUAUGUUCUCCUCUUCGAAUCGCUACGUGAAGCAGAAAUUGGGUAGACACGCUUCGAACAACUGA